UAUUUCAAAUAUUUACAAACUGCUCCACUCAGCCUCAGUUUGUCUCCUCUCUAGCUUUUUUUGUCUCCUCAGCUUGAACCAUCACAUCAGGGAAAACCAUGCAAUGUGAUGAGAAGUCACCAUCUCAUUUUCCUCAGUGUCCACCUGGAUCAAUGGUGCAAAAAUGGCCUUUUUGACUCACCGUCACCGCUCAGUCUUUCACCAGCGACUGCUGCAGCACAAACACAGAUGCCGAGCACAAAGCCCAAGGCCAGGACGCUGGUAACAUGCAGGCAGCUGAGUGAUGGGGGCGAGGCGGCCUCUCUCAGGGACCAGUCUCCUCCACCAUUGCUUGUACUCAAAGGGACUGCAAGUGUGACGAGCACAGACCCCAGGGGGAUCCCUUCCAUUCGUGCAUCCAUCACGGACAACAAUGGUGUGUAUCACAGAUAUCUUUGCCUGCAGUUGGAGGAGAGGAAACAACAGAUAAAGAGGGAGAGAGGCAGCAAUGCUGUUGACGAGCAAAAGCACAAUGAGACCAUGCAGCAAUCCGUCUGGGGGAUGCCAGGAAGUGGCGCCCCAAACUACCACCUGGGCACAGUGAAACGGACCAAAAGCCUCCACGCUGCUGGGAUUUUACCCCAGGAGCAGAUCCGUGAUAAAGGCUUCAGUGGGACCCCCUUCCGCUGCCUGUGAAAUGAAGACCACAACAUGCCCAAUCUGAGACCACUGAGCACCACGGAGCCGCCAGACAAAUACUACUCUCUGACUUUUAUCUUCAUGGGAUGAUAGUUUUGCAGCCAUCAGCAGUUUUGGGCUUUUUCGGCAGCAAACUGUGAUGGUGACAAAAAAAAAAUGCUGAAUGUAAAUUAAAAAAAACUACAUUAAGAGUAUUAACAACUUGAAAAAAACAUCGUUUCUGCCUCCAUUAAUCCAUGAAGUGGUGCAGCAAUACAAAUUUUAACUCCAGAGUAUUCAUUAGACCAAGCAGAAACACAACGUACCCAAACACUUCAUUUUACAUGUCCACACAGUAACCAGAGUUGUGAAAAAUCUGCACCCUUAAAAGGCGUUUUAAAAAAUCUCUGCUUUAGUGACCUAAACUCCGUUUGUGUGGAAACGAGACACCAAAACAGAUGGAAAUAUCUCUUUAUAAAAAUAUCUUUAUAUGUUUAGACAGGGCUUUAUGCUGUGUUCACACUACCAGCAACACAGCAACAGCGUGUCCAGCUACAUUAUCGUCAAAUUGCCACUGAGGUGUCACUCAAGCGCUCAUUAACGUAGUUAUGGUGUCACAUGCUUGUGUGUGUCUCCUAAAGGCCACACAGCACCUUGACUGAAGGUUAUCUGAAGUUUGUCUUUGGUCAAAAACAAUAUAUGCUUUUGAUCAUCGUCUGAGCCCCAUUUUAACAUCACAUUUUGCCGCCUUAUUGCAUCAUCUUGUGCGCCACGAUACACAGAGAGCUAGCAUAGCAUCAGCUAUGUUUGCAAAAUAACACAGAACCACAGCUAGAAACACAGGCAUUUGAUUGGUUGAUGCUUCACUGCAUCGCUGGAGUGCUGAAAAACUUGAGGCUAGCUCACAUUUUGUUGUAGCGUGUCACCUGUCAGCAGCGACAAGUGUCAGGUGUCUGUUUGUAGCUUUGUGUCGCUAUCUUCCAUUGAAAAUGGCUUCGAGUCGGUUACUGUGUUGCUUGUAGUGUGAACACAGCAUUAGUCUCUAGUUUGGCUCAAGAUCCAAACACACUGGAUACUACAGUUCCCAUAAUGCAACAGUCUAGCAGCAGUCAAGUCCAAGUUAAGUCUUAAAGGAAUAGUUUGAUAUUUUGGUGAGAUAAGAGAAUAGAUCCUAGUCUCAUGUAAAGUAAAUAGGGAGCUGGAGCUGGCACCAAGUUAGCUUAGUGAAGCAUGAAGACUGGAAACAGCUAGCUGGCUCUGUGUAAAGGUAACAAAAUUUGCCUAAGCUAAGCUAACUGGCUGGUGCUGGCUCCAGCCACAUAUUUAGGGCAUAAAUCUUCUCAUUUAAAGGCUUAUUUAUGCUCAAUAUUAGAAAUGUAUAUGGAUACGUAUGAAGCCUGCCAUCAUGUCAUCCAUACUUAUGCAUGUUUUCUGAAAGCUUAUGGAUAAGGAUGAAACAGAGCAGUACCGCCUGACAUCAUGGGGACAGUGAAGUGUCGUUCAAACGACAGCCGACCGUCUUAACGGAAAGAAUCACCAAGACAUGAAAAUAAUUCUCCAUCCACUUGUUUUGAUGUAUUUAAUGGCCUCACAAACCACAGCCAUCUACAACACUGCCUCUGUUUUUUAGGCGGCUUAAAACUAAGUCAUUGAGGCAGCGUUUGCUCACAAUGCCAUUUGAUUUUAUGUAUGUGACACAAGGAUUUUCUACGCCAGAAAAGUCAAACUGUUCCUUUAAGUCCUGGGAAUCAAAUCACAAACCCUUUAACUACAGGACAAGUUUACAACAGCUGAGCUGCAUGACUGAGAACAGAAGCUGAAUUCAAACCUUUAACAAUGAAUGAGAAGUUAAAGUUUGAUCAAACAUACGACACAAACAAUGCAAAGAACUAGUAUAAUUGUUAAUGUGUGAUUCUGAUUUGCUGGAAAGUUUAAGCUUGCCAGGUUUACAUCAGCCUACACAGGUCAGUGAAAAUGUUGUCGUCCCACAGAUUUAAACCCUACUGAUGAGCUGAAUGGUGUUACUGUAAUUGGUAGUGUGUACUGUGAUAAACAGCGACACUGUUUGAAUAACUAACUGAGAUACUUUGAAUUAUUUGUCCAGAAAGUCCCUGAUUGAUCCUCCAGGUAAUUUCCAUGUAAUUAUAUGGUGAAGGGAGAUGAAUCAGCCCCCUCUAAUUGCAUGGCUUUGUACGUGACGUUAGCAAGCUCUUAAUUGGCACAGUUAACUCAGACACUGCAUGUAUUUAGUUUGCAUAGGCUAAAGGGCCUUAUUGUGGAGGGCAGCAGCAGCAGCAGCAGCAGCAGUAGCUCUCCUCCUUGGUGGGUGGGUAAUUGUCAUGUAGGGACAGUUAUAAGGGACAGUGAAAUACCAAUGGUUAGACUGCAAGGUUGGUAAUUAUACUGUGGAAAAGUAAACUUGUUCCUUUGGGGUCAUUGCUGUCUCAUGCAAACAUUGUGCACUAAAGAAGAGAAACUGUUCAACAAGUUAGAACUUUCUCAGUGCUUUCACCAAUUUGUGAAUGAGGAUUACAACUGCACAAUAAGUAUUUUAUUCAUUUCUUUUUCCAUAUUCCGGUGUUUCUCAAAUGGUAAAUGGGAGUGCACAUACCCCUGGAGUUCUGCAGGGGGUGUGGAUUUUUUUUUUUUUUUUUUUUUGAAAGGCUAAUUUAAAUGAUAUCAGUCAUACAUAAUUCCUAACUAUAAUGCCGGUUUAAGUGUUAAUGCAUGAUGACAAACAUGAUUUUGCCAUGAAUGUAAUGAUGAAUUGUAAAGAUUUGAAAUGUAGCAUUUAACACUAAAAUUGCCAGCAUUCCAACACCUCCAAGAACUGCCAGGAAGGUGUCAGUUUUACACCCUGCUGCAACUGCAUCAAUUAACCCAAAUAUGUUUUUCUUGAAGUUGGUAAGUUGUUCACUUUCAUAUUUUUGACAAAAUAAAUGUAUUUUAAAUAUUCAAUUUUGGGGGGGUUAACAAUUCAUUACAGAUCAAAAAAAGGUGCAUUUGAGAAAAAAACAUUUUAAAGUUCAUCAUAUCACAAACAAAAAAAAAUAAAUUGACAAAUUUAGGUGAGACAUGGCAGGCAAAAACAUCAAUUUUUCAUGCAGUGGUCAAUUUUGAGAUUUUGGGCUAGUUUACUCCUUGAAAAUGUAUUCUUUCAAACUGCUAUAAAGAAAACAUUCAAAUUAAACAUUUAGAUGUUUAUUUUAUUACAUUUUGUCUACUUGUAUAAUGUUAUUAUGUUAUUAUGUAAAUCUUUGAAUGCUGUUUUCUCAAAAUGAGUUUUUUGUCAUACUCCA